AUGUAUGACGUUUUGGAAAGCUGUGAGUUAAUCGCCGUAUUUUACACUUAUUACACCAAUUUCCUUACUCUGUCAAAUUUUAAAAUUUUUUUGUUUUAGACAAGCGAAAUCUAAAUUUGUUUUUAAAUUAAAAAUUCAUAAAUUUUUAAAAUCUGAUAAUUUUUUAAGUUUACAGUACAGUUUAUCGAGCGUUCUGUAAAAUGCCCGUAUUUUACAAUAAACAUUAGUGCUAUAACACAUAUUAUCUUCUUAGACUGGGCAGGGGCGGUAUGCAGGGAAAAGAGAUUGAGCUAUGAUUUUUUUUACUUUUAACAACAGAGCCGCUUAAAACUCCUACAAAAAAAAUUUUAUUUAUUUCUAUACGCUCCCCUCCUUAUCCUAGAAAGCUCCUUAACAUUAACUCUAGCUUUAGCUCCAGUCUUAGCUUUUUCUACGUCUUAACACAUCUUGGUUUACUCUAUUCUACUCUACACUACCUUUUCUUACUCUAUUUUACCUUACUUUUCAAAGCCCCCCCCCUCCUCUCAUAGUCUCUCUGUCUUUCUGUCUCUCCUUUCUCCUCCUCCUGCUUCAAUGAAACCAAGUUGACUUUCUUAUAUGUAUGUAGUUCUAGGCUUGUAACUCAUAACACUAAUUAUUUUUAAAAAUAUAUUGUGCAUUACAAAUCUUUAUAUUAUAUUUUCAGGUUUUCCAAGGUUAUAUGGUCUUCGACCAAACAAGCCUGCCAAUCUGGAUAAACUUCUGAAUCAAACACACUUUGACAAACAUGAGCUGAGGCUGCUUUAUCGGUAUUUUAAGAAUGUAAGUAUAUAUAUUAACUCAAGUUUUAAAAUAAUAAUUUUUUAAAAUUUUUUUGUAAAAUACGACUUCCGUAUUUUUUCUCCGGAAAUGUCAUUUUUAAUUAAAAAACACAACCAAAAUAAAAAAAAAUAAAAAUUGUGAGUAAUACAAUAGUAGUGAAUAUUAAGAAUUUUUUAGUUUUGUCCAAAUGGAGUUUUGAAUUUCGACCAGUUGAAAGAAUUUUACGCACAAAUCUUUCCCCGAGGGCAGUCGGAACAGUACGCUUGGUUCGUUCACCGUGCCUUUGACUUGAACUUUGAUGGCGAUGUGGAUUUUGAGGUGCUGUUCUAUUUUACCUUUGCCUUACUACCCAACCCUUCUCUGUUGUACCCUAACGUACUCUACCCUUACUCUAUCUUACUCGACUAUACCCUGCAGCAUUCUAAACUACCUUACAGUACCCUUACUAUCGAUAUUGAUAAGUCUUAUAAAAUUUUUUUCAGGAUUUAGCAAUGACAUAUUCAAUUCUGACCCGAGGGACGGCCGAAGAACGUGCUGAUUGGAUUUUCAACUUUUAUGACUCUCAAAAAGAAGACAAACUUGGCAGAAUACAACUAUUAUCAGUCAUGAAGUCUAUAUACGGACUGCUGGGUGAUAAAGUGAGGCCGAUUGUUCAUGCACCAGCUAUUUUUAGCCACAUGUGCGACAUUUUUGAGGUAGCUUUUUGUAUAUUAUACUUAAAAUUUUUAAAAACUUUGUUUAAUUUCUAAAAAAAUAGAAAAAAAAAUUUUUCCUUGCUAUAAAUAGUCAUACUGGCCUUAUAAGAACGAUGAAAAAGCAUUACAACACAAUUUUUUUUCAAACGUGCUCUACAGUACCAAGGACAGUUUUGCUUGUAACUUUUGUAAAGCACUAUUAAAAUUGCCAAAAAAUGCCGUUAUAUAUGUAAUAUAACACGCUGAAUUCAAAUAUUAUAACAAUUUUUAUCCAAAAUUACAGUAACCUACAGUAACUCUAUUAUUUUCUUUCAAAACCCAUCUCUACUGCUCAAAAGCAAUUAUAGCUUUAGAAAAACGGCCAUAAUUUUUUAAUUUUUUUAGAUUCAAAAAGUUUAAGUUGUUUUUAUAAAAUCAGCAUUAAAUUCUACUCUAAAAACAUGUGACAAAUACAAAAGCAUGUUUAUUGGACCAGUUUCUUCAUUAGUAUAGCGGCAGUGCGUUAGAUUUUUUGAGUCGGAAGGUCGAGGGUUCGAAUCCGGUCAGUGCGGAAGAAAGAAAUUGCGUAAUAAUCCAAAAACUGCGAUGAAAUAAAGUAGGCUUAUGCCCUCCCCUUUUCUAACUUGCACUAUCCUACCUUAUACUGUUCUGUCCUCCUUACCCUGUGUUACUUUACCAUACCCGACUCUUCACUACACUACUAUAAUAUAUCCUUACUUCAAAAUAAUUUAAAAAUUUUUAAAAAAACUUUCAAUUUUUAGAAAAUCACUCACAAUGAGACACAAUACAUAAGUCGGCAACAAUUUCUCGACUAUUUCCUAAACUCCCCAUCCGAACAAGAACAGCCAACCUCAACAAACUCAACAAAGCCUUCAGAUCACAGUUCCACGCCCUCAAUCUACACUUCUGAUUCAAAUUUGUCACGAAUUACUACGGAUGACUUUGUCACACCUUACUCUUCACAAUGUCAUAUUAAUGAAAAUGGCAGUUUGAUCGACAAAGAAGUAGAAAGUUUAGCGAAAACAAGGGAUGAGGAUGGAGUUACUGUAAUAUCAGUCAAUAACUUGGAGUGUAAUUACUUACAUUAUUAA